UUAUACGAACCCCAUUCUCCCCGCGAAUGAAAAAGGCGCCUCCUUCGUCGGUCUCCAUCAACAGCCCAAAUCAUGUACGCAAAAACCCCGACAAAACCACCGCCACUAAAAUGCACCGUCGCCGGAGCUCACCGCAGCAUCAGCAGGACGAUCACCUGCACUUCAGCGAACCCUUCACCGAUCCUCCGUCAACGUCCCCAUUACAAGACUCCGCAGCCCCCAAAGCCCAGCGCCAACAUCAACAGUGGCGCCGAAGAGAAAGCCACAGCAAGCGACGUGCUUCGAUUGUUAGACACCCUUCAACUCCCCGUCGACGCCGAUACUUACAGCUCUCUUAUAAAGGAGUGCACUUCGUCGGGCGACGCCGUCGAGGGUGCCCGUGUGCACGCGCGCAUCAACAGGCCAAAGGAGAAGAGGAGCGGAUGCAGUAAGCGAGACCUCGUUGGCAUUGCUAACAGACUGUUGCUUAUGUAUGCGGCGUGCGACCGGCCGGAGAUUGCCCGAAAACUGUUUGAUGGAAUGCCCAUGAGGAAUCUGAGCUCAUGGGCAACUGUGAUUUGUGGUACUUUUGAUAGGGGAGAUCGUAGAGAGGCGAUCGCGUUGUUUUUGGAUAUGAUGGAGUCGAAAUCCUUUGCGGUAGAGCCCACCGAUACGCUCGCCGUCCUCGUCACGGUAAUGAUUAGAUCCUGUGGUCAAACCGGAGAAUUGAGUCUUGGGAAGCAGAUACAUGGGUUUGCUAUAAAAACAGCGAUGGCGGCUGAAUUGGGUACUUGUUUGGUCCGACUGUAUGCGGAACUCAGUUACGUUGAGAGUGCACGCAAAGUGUUCGAUAGUAUGCUACCAGCAACGAUGACAGCUUGCACUUGCUUAAUACGGGCUUACUGCAGAAAAGGCCGGUUGAAGGAGGCACUUUGUGUUUUUGGAGAUACGUUUUGUGUGAUGAGAUUGGAUGAUGAUGAGAAGAAGAAUGAGAGUGUUUCGAGUGCGAUCUCGAGUAUUAUUGGUGGAUGUGCAAAGAGGAAGAGAAAAUUUUGUGGGCAACAAGUUCAUGCACGUGCGAUUAAAGUAGGAUUGGAGUGUGAUCUUUAUGUGGGUACGAGUCUCGUGAAUAUGUAUGGGAGAUUUGGGCUGUUGGAUGAUGCGAGGAGAGCAUUUGAGUUUGUUUGUGGCAAAAAUAACAAGGAAAAAGAUGUUGCUUGUUGGAAUGCUAUGAUUACUAGCUAUAUAAGAAAUGGGUGCUUCACAGAGGCUGAGAAGACUCUGUAUCUGAUGAAGGCUGCAGGUAUUGAGCCCUUGGAGUCUGUCGUGUCUCGGGUUAUGAUGGCUUGUGGAAGCUAAUGAUUUGUGUGCAAAGUUAAGGGAAGAACAUGUGACAGGUAUAUUGUACAUGUACAGAAUGAACGGGUAAAUAUAGCUCCCUGUGAUGAUAGACGUCAGCAGCAGAAAUAGAGCUUGCAGCAUCAGUAAUGCACUGAAACUCGAGAGCAGGAAAGUCGAGAUGCAUUUGAGAGUAUCAUCCUACAAGCAAUCUAUUCCUUCUAUUCUGAAAAGCUAAUUAUAACCUUGUUCAACGAUGUCCUGCUGUAAGAAGGGCAUUCUUGGGGGCAUUCUGAGAUGAGAUAAGGCGAGCUCCGCUUUUGGGGAAAAGAGAAGGGAAAAAAAAAGAGAAAAAGAUAAGAACAUGACGAAUGAGUUGAUACGGAAAGAAGAAAAAGCUUAGGAGCUAAUGCCGAGAAUCUGAGGGCAAUUACCCAUUGUUCUACGUCUUUUUUUCUUAUUUAUUUUUGUCGUGUACACAAAUAUUUACUAGUUUUUCGGUAUAUACACCGUAUAUAUUCAAUCAUAUUCUUGGUCUAGGAAAAUGCAAAAACGUGAUGCUAAAGAGAAUCAAAUCUCUCUUCUUCUUCUUC